AUGGAUCCAGUUUCAGCCAUUGGCCUUGCAGGAGCUAUCCUGCAGUUCGUCGAGUUCGCGGGAAAGGUUGUCAGUCGCCUAAAUGAGUUCACCGUGGACUUGAAUCAGAUACCAAAAUCAUUUCGUCACAUUAAGACAGAAUUGCCGCUCAUUGUUGAUGCCUUGAAAAGGAUCUCCGCACAAGUUGAUUCAGGAGAGCUUGCCGAGUCAACGCAGUCGGCUCUCAAGCCGGUCAUCGUGGAGUGUCGCCGCUCGACCGAGCAGCUGGAUGAGCUGCUUGACAAGAUCCUGCCUGCCACUGCUGCCUCGUCCUGGGAACGGCGGAGAAAAGCGGUCGCGAGUCUGGCGAAGGAGAGCAAGGUUGAAGAAAUCUCAGAGGCCUUGGAUAAGUACAUAAGAGUUCUUACUUUCCAUCAAGUCAUUAGAACCGGAUCAGAGUCAGAAACAGCUGCAUUCACAAAAUCGAAUGUUUUCUGGUUGGUACCAUUGGAUCGCAAUGCGAAUUUCGUUGGGAGAAGUGACAAUUUUGAGCAAAUCGACGCCGCAUUCAAGGUCAAGGCGGGCACGCAACCGAAGGUUGCUCUAUUUGGUCUAGGUGGUAUCGGGUAG